AUUCGAGUUCCUUUAUGUUGAAGGCUGUACCACGCCCGUCUGCAUGCCUGACUGAAUAUGCCUCUGCGCCACAAAACCUACGAGUCAAGACUGAGGGUUAACCACAUUCUGAGUUGUUGCAGCUUUGAGGGACACAACGAUCCCAGUAAACACUGGGAAACCAUUUCUUUCUGCAUUAAGUGAUAUUUUAUCCUGCUUUAACAAUGCGUAACGAUUCCGAAGAGGUUGCUAUGAAAGAAGCCAAAAGGCGUGAACGUCAAGCAGGUAAAAACGAGGGUCUCAAGAAUUCAUACUCGGUAAAUUUAACGUUAAUUACUUGCAGCUGUGCGUCGAGGGUGAAUACUACUAAUGCAAAGUUGUGUUUAAGUGUUUUAUCAACAAUAUAUCAUUUAGCACCGUGCGUUAGCAGGAGUCUGGAAUUAGCAAGUAAAUGUUUAAGUGUAGCGUUAGCUCGUGUAAUUAGCUAACCCACCCUGAAGCUAACGUGCACUAGCAUGGCACGUUCACGAGCGCCUUGAGUGUUUGGUAACAUGAAGUAGUAGAUACUCCUGAUUCUUAAAGUAAACAACAAGAAAAACAAACCUAAAAGAAGUCAACAUGAAUGCUAGCCUCUCAGGCUAACGGGCUUCUCCACUCCGAGUUUCUGGGAUUAUAGUAAUCGAUGUUUUCACCAGUUUACACAAGACUAAUGCUAAUAUUUACUGUAUUCGGUAUCACCCAGACUUUGGUGGGCAUCAGUUUUUCAGGCCUUGUAACAACCAGCAACCUGGGAUAAAUUGAGAUACGAUAUAUUUAUUGAUUCCCUAAAGGGAGGGGUCAUUUGUUACAAACAGUUCUUGGUUGCAUUUAGAUAGGGAUGUAGAAAUAAUCACAGGAUGAUUAAUUACAUUAAAACAUCUUUCAAAACUAAAUCACAAAUCUUGAACGUGUAUAAUCAGCGUUGUUGUACAUUUUACUUGUUAAAUGAGGGCCUGGGUGUUAUGGCUUUCACAUCAUCUGGAUACAGUUAAAUGAAGCUCCAGGCAGCAGUAAACACAGUGUCCAGUACAGACAUAUAUGGUCCCAGCCAUAGCACUAGCCACCAACAUCUUUUUAGCUUUGCCUGAUUUCUUUAGCAAAGAGACUAAACACAACUCACCUACUUUCUUCCAGCAGCCGCUUGCUUGUAGGGAGAGCUCGGACAAGUCCAUCACCAACUGCAGCGGGGUGACGCAGCUCAAGGAAGAACAUUUAUGAUCAUUUCUUUAUAAUUUCCUUGAAGUAGUGAUCACCAUAUUAACCAUUUUGCACUGCAGACGCGGCAGUUCUUCUGCCUUAGCGUCUCGGGCUGAUUGAAAUGAUCAUACAUGUUCUUCCUUGAGCUGCGUCACCCCGCUGCAGUUGGUGAUGGACUCGUCCGAGCUCUCCCUACAAACAAGCGGCUGCUGGAAGAAAGUAGGUGAGUUGCGUUUAGUCUCUUUGCUGAAGAAAUCAGGCAAAGCUAAAAAGACGUUAGGUGGCUGGUGCUAUGGCUAGGACCCUAUAUGUACUGUUGAUGAAGUUAGGCGCCGGAAUAUCCCUUUAAAUUGUGAGUUAUGACCAACUCAUGCCGAUUACAGUGUACAUAAAAAAGUAUCUUAAACUGAGAGGACUUCAAGUUUAUCUGGUCAGAGUAUUUCGUUUACAGCACCCAGAUAAGGUACAUUCUUACUUUAAAGCAAGUGUAUUAGUCUGUUAAUUUCACUUUGUUUCUGAGUUAGUUCUCAGUACAUAACCAUUCAUUUCAACCAUGACUGUCUGAUAUUUCAUACAUGAGUUUCUCCCUCUAGUUAGAUUUAGAGCAGCAUCAUUUGCGCUGUAAUCUAAUAAGCUAAAAAGGAAUUUAAUGGACUCAUAUAAGAAUACAAAAUGGCAAAAGUAAAACAUUGCAGUGUCAGUUUUUAUCAGUACCAUGCAUCCUGAGUUAUAGCAGCUCACAAUAAAAGUAUGAUUCAUGCUAUUAUAAUUACAAUAGGACAUUGUAAGACAAAUGAUAUGACCCUACAACUCUUGAGUACAAAAACAACAAUAACAAUGGCAGUAAUAAAAGUUUAAGUAGUAAAAGAGCCUUGUUGAUUUCCUGAUGGCUAGACCACUAUUGAACAGAGAUGUGGUGGAAAGCUCUCGGUGACGUGUUAAAGGAAGUGGGAAGCUGGUUUGCUGCCAUUAAAACCUCUGCACACCCAUGCUUAAGUAGUCAGGUAUCAACUCGGUCCAAGAGAUAUCAAAUGAGUUCGAGGGGUUGGUUAUUCUGAGAGCAGAGUUUAAGGGGUGGGGAUAUUUGUUCCCUCAGCUUGUACAUUAAAAAAACAACUUUACAGCCACUUCCCCAAACAUGUUCUGACAGUAGCACUAUUCUGUAGUUCUUACUGAUGCGUUUCACAAGCAUACCUGUGAAGGGUAUGUCUUGACAAAAAUAGUGCAAAGCAGCUGUCAUGGUAACUACAGGAGAUUGUGUUACAAUUCUCCAGUUGUUUGCUGUUAUUGCAACUUUAAUUUGAUUUUUAGUUCACCAGCCACUCGGUCGUUUUCAGAGUUUAUACACUUGUAUUCAGUUACUGCAACUUUGCUACAAGCAGUUCAAUGGAGUUCAAUGGCUUUUUGACAUUUGACUCUGUCUGUAGGUUCAAGCAGUCAAGAUACUGAAGGUACGAUGUCAUUCAUUGAAUAGCUGCAUGCCAUUUGUCGGAUUUUGACUGAAUCAAAUGCUUCCUGCAGGGAGGUGAUGUGGCUGUAAAACAAUUGCCAAUGAGCAGCUUGUGUUUGUGUUUGUGAACGUACAGUAGAUGCAGGCUAAAAGGGAACUUAAGACUGACAAACGCGAUAUUUUCCACUGAUGCUUACAGCUGUUUGGAUGUUUGAAAGAGUUUGAAUUUGAGGUCUUUAGUUAAAGCAGAUUAGGCUGCAUCUGAGAGGGACAUGCCUGUCAUAAUUUCUCGCAAAAGUCAUCCAAUUUGGUUUUCAGUGUGUUUUUCCACUCGUGUUUCUGAUGAACUGGUCUGAGUCCAUGUUUUCCUCUUUUCUUCACAGCUUUGGAAAGUGCAGAGGCUGAAAUUGGCUGUUGCGGUUGGUUCUUGAUGGCGCUUUCUCUUCUCCUUGUUCUGGUCACGUUGCCCAUCUCUAUAUGGAUGUGCAUUAAGGUCAGUUGCUUGUUAGACACAAUUUUAACAACCUAUUUUAUAAUAUAAAGAGUGAGUCUUAUACCUGCCGUAUGUUGCUUGUCCUGUACACAGAUUGUGAAGGAGUAUGAGAGAGCCAUUAUCUUCCGUCUGGGGCGCAUUGUGCGAGGUGGAGCCAAAGGCCCAGGUGAGAAAAUGUUUUAUAUUCUGCCGUGCAAUUUGUUCUUCCAUCCUCAUCCAAAGAUUUUUUUUUUAAAAUAGUACUUAAAACAUGGCCCUGGUGUCUUACUGUCAUCUCCAUCACUUUGCUGAAACAUGUUAGUUGCCUUCAUAUUUGUUCAUGAGUACAGGUUUCUGUAGUACUGGAGUAACAGAGGGAAUGGCAGAUACAUUUGAGUGUUUACAAUAUGCUGAGGAUGAAAUCAAGCCAGAGUUAAAAACUGAAGAGUUACAAAGAUGUUUGGCCUCAGAGUCACUCAGAAAAAAAGGCAUUGUAAUGGAAGAGACAGCAGUGGAAAAGUUCUUUUUUUUUUUUUUCUUUCAGUUCAUGUUUGGGUUUUUAGAGUUUCUUGAAUGUCUUGAAAGCUCAUCAUUAGUUUGUGUUUUGGAGUCUUUGUGAUUAAGUCAUAUGGAGGUAAACUGACUAAUGUCUUCAUCGCUGACGUAGCCCUUUAAUGCCUUACACCACAAAUUAUUGCCAGAAAAUUCAAAUCUUUUUGGAGCGGAAAUGUUUAUUUCACUUACUACUGAAAACCCCCCAAAAUCAAAAUGUCCCUAAAAUUUAACAAAUACAUUUAUUUAUCUUGUUUGGUGCAUUAGAUGUUUUUGGAAACUGAUAAACUACAAGAGGACAUUUUUAUUAUUUAUCGGACUGUAUUCAUGUAUACAAAAAGGCAUUAAAGGGUUUAAGGAGGUAGCAAGGUGCAUCCAGAGCCCAUUUGUGAAGUUGAAAAGUGUGAACCUUUCAGAACAACUCCUCUAACCCAAGUCAGCCAUCAUUUUGAUCGUUUAUUUACAGCAAGAUGGUUUUUAAUUGAGUAGUUAAAUCAUUUUUACAGCUUUGCAGUGAUAUUUCACUUGGUUUUUAAUUUGUUACCGUCAUGUCACUGUAUGGAGUCGGAAGGAAUGGACAACAUAAGAAACAGAUGGUCCGUCAAAAACGAUCGCCUGACAACUAUUUUUUACAACUAAUAUUACGUAAACAAAAAACAAGUUCUUUUUGAGACACUUUAAUAUAAAAUCUGAAAACACACGACCUGUCACUCCUAGAAAAACUAUUAAUUCUUUCUAUAUACAUUUUUGUAACUGCAAUAUAUUCAUACAGGCAUUCAGAUCACUCUAUAGAGACUCCUGCAGUUUGACUCCAAACCACAGAAAAUCCCCUGUAUUCAAGUCUUCAAUGCAAACUGAUACUUAAAAUGAAACGUCUUGUGUUACUCAUCCUCUGAACAAAAGAAAAAAAAAAAAACUAAAACUCCUGCAGAGUUUCAGGUAACACUAUUUUUUCCCCUGAACAGAACCAUGAGUGUCUACAAUUCAACUAAAUCUUUGAGUUUCACUAAUCCUGCUUCAAUAAACAGUCUGUUGGAUUGUUCCCUGAAAUCCUUUCCAUGAAUUGUUUCUCACUGCUCUUUUCUGUAAUAUUAAUUAUAGUUUCAUGUUGCUGGUGUUCAUGUUGCUCCAAACUUAAACACAGAAGGUUAUCAUGGUAAAAUCCUCAUGACAUAAUCAUUUAACACAGACUUUGCUUUGUUUGAAACUGAGAUCUUCACAGACACCUGAGUUUUUUGUUUUUUUUUUGGGGGGUGGUGGUUUCUGGUGCUGUAUCAGCUGUCAAUGAUAAUUAAUCAUCCAUGAUUACACCUAAAAAUUGAAAUUCAGAUACACUUCAAUAGUUCCACAACAAACAGAGAAACUUUUCAUCCUUUUAGGCCCCAAAACUGAGCCUUGUGGGACACCGCUUUUAAUGCGUCUAUACUCAGAUAUAGCCUGGAUAAUUGUACAUAUAGUCGUCUGUUUUUCAAAUAACUGCCUGACUGUCAUACAUUAUGGAUGUUAAAAAUAAUUCCUGUGAGUGGAAACCUGACUAUGUCUUUAUCCUUAUUAUAUGAGAACUCUGAAUAUGCUACCAGGAGUAUUCCUAUUGAAACUGGACGUGUAAACCCCUAAACCAGGUUUAUGAUACUGAUUCAUUAGUUAAAAAGUGAACUAAAAAUGUAAAAAUAUCCAGACCCAAGAGUAACAAGAAGAAAAGGCCCCGCCUUAAAGUUCAACAUAGAUUAACCACUGCAUUUCUGUUCUCUGAGGCCUUAUUUAUUAAGGUCCGUGGUGCCGUACAUCUAGUGGUGCUUCUGCACAUCCAUCUUUUUUACAACUGAGUACCUUCAUCAUUCUCUUCUCAGUGAUGUGUCCUCUGUUUUGAAAGGCAGUGUAUUUGUUUAAGUAAAAAAAAUACUGGCUCCCAUGAGCAAUAAUUUGCAUACCUCUCAUAACUCACUGUCUCUCUCUGUCUUUGAUUUCUUGUUUAACGGGAUCUAAAAACCAGGCGGUGUCCUCUCAAAAUGCUGAAAUGUGACUCCUCGGAGUGCCAGGGGACCCCUGUUCAUGACAGAGCGGGGUAAUAAUAGCUCUCUGCCAGCAAACUUCACAUUCACGAGAAGCGGGAGGAGCCAAUGCCAAAGUUGAAUUCAGCAUUUGGUUUCCCAUAAUGCCCCUUACCCUCACACUCAUAGUCUGGCUCCAUCUCCAUCUCUAACAGCUGUUAUAUAAUAGUGCCUGAGAACAUUUCUUUGUAUAUUUAGUCAGAAAAAGGCUUUUGGGGAUAGAUUAUUAUAAAAUGAUUGUGUUUGUGGAACAUUUUCCAUCUGUAAACACUUGUCUUCUGCCAUCAACAGAGAGUUUUAUUGAUGAACAAAGCUUUAUUUUUUCAGGAGUGGAAUUUUCCACUGCACCAUAUGAUGGUUUACAGCUUCUGUGAGAGCAACCACGGCCCCUCUUCUUGUCUAACAGGAAAUAUGAUUGUUCCUGGAAAUGUCAUGGUGGAAACGGCAUGUGGAGACUGCUGUUGUCUUGAUUUCCCCUCCUGAACAGAUGGCCGUGAUCUCACCGUUUAAAUACACAAUAUCCUGACAGGAAAUGCAGCCCACUCGUCUCUUAACUGGUGUGGCAGCAUUAAUGUUUGCUAAAUGAUUGCACACCUAGCACAUGUCUGUUUCACUCAGGCACAUGCCUGGUAUUGUUUAAUGCACUAAUCAUUGUGACUUGAAACAGGCUUAUGAAAGCUGCAAAUAUCCGCAGCUUUGCCUCGCUGUCAGCACAGCUGCAGACUUAUAAAGAGAGCUUGACUUGGCCCCGUGCCCGACUUUCAUUCAUCCCGGUGUUUUCAAACAUUUGUGUAGAAGCUUCCUCAUUAUUGUGUUUACAGCAGCUUUAGUCUUUGUUAAACUAUUUGCAUUCUUGUGAUUCCGCAGGGCUGUUCUUCAUCGUGCCGUGCACUGACAGCUUUAUUAAUGUGGACUUGCGCACCAUCACCUUCGACAUCCCACCACAAGAGGUAUGACACGUACACUUCCAAUUAGAUUAGACAAAUACUUUGUCACAUUCACGGGAAUUCAAAGACCGUCAAAAUAAUCGUGUAGAUUCUUGAUACAGCCCAUCACUAACGCAUGCUUUGAUGCAUUUUCCUUCCUAUGUCACUUGACAAAUUCUGCGCUUUCAUUUCCUGCUCAAUUUAUCCUGCAUUCAGGUUUUGACCAAAGACUCCGUGACUGUCAGUGUUGAUGGCGUGGUGUACUACCGGGUCCAGAAUGCUACCCUGGCUGUUGCCAACAUCACCAAUGCAGAUGCCGCCACCCGGCUCCUGGCCCAGACCACCCUGAGGAACGUGCUGGGCACUAAGAACCUGGCAGAGAUCCUGUCUGACCGCGAGGAAAUCGCACACAGCAUGCAGGUACAAUCACAUUUUGAAAGUGUUCCUCCACAAGAGAUCAUAAAUACUUAACCUCAUCUCACAAACACACAGCAGGCUUACUAUGUUCAGCUUGUGAAGGACCCAGUUUGUAUGUAAUGAGUGGGCUGAAAGGGUGGAUGAUGUGUUCAGUUCUUUGGCUCUCAGUAGCUGCGUUUCCAUUACAUUUUUUCGCAAAAUAAAAGCGAUGUUUAUCAAAUUUCGACAAAGUACAAUUGCGAUUUGCGGGUGUUUCCAUUGAAUGGUGCUCAAUGCAUAAUCGAGCCGUCUGCCUCUCACGAGCAGUGUCAUCAGAAGAGGAAUUCAAAGGCAAAGCCCGUAUUUAUGGGAGCGGACACGGAUGAGGCAUUUCUGGGAGAGGAUCGUUAAUGAGGAAUUCACAGACGAAUUGUGGAUUCAAAACUUCAGGAUGACCCGGGAUACGUGUCCGUCUCCUCCUCCGUCCACACAUACUGCACCAUCUUUGCUUGAAAUGAACUGGUCACAUGACCUGCUACGUCACGUCCGGUGACGUAGAAUUGCGAGAAUAGUGUUUCCAUUACACUUUUGCGAUACACUUCUAUAUCGACACGUCUGAAAAACCACCUCAUGAGAGCGUAGAAACUUUUUAGCGAUAUUUGAGAGGUUUUUCGAAAUUUAGGUGUUUCCAUUACCAGUUUUCUAUUGUGAUAUUUAGGUUUUCGCAAAUCUAUGGGUAAUGGAAACGCAGCUAGUUAUGUGAACAUCCCCUAUAGUCAAAUAUAACAUAGAUGGUCUCUUCUGUUUAAGGGAUCUUUAAACAGCAAUCAGAAAUGAAUAUACUCUUUUAUACUACACUUUGUCUCUUACAGGCGAGUUCUCCUAUAGCUAGUUGCCAGUAUGAAACAAUGUUGUAUACCAGAGUGUCUGUGAAUAUAUCAAAGGAAAUGCUAUAAAGUGAAAGUAAAAAGCUGGACCUCCUCACUGCACUCUAAAACUUUAUGCAGAGACAGUAUACUGCAGUCAGUCAAAAUAAAUGUGGGCAAUAAUAAGAAGCUCCAGUAACACAGACUGGCUGGAAGAGGAAACAGAAUGGAGGAUUAUAAUGCCACCUUGCCUGCUUAGAGCCAGGUUUGCCUGAACUCCGAGUGAAACUAACAAACUGUCGUUUAAAUGUGUACAAUCUGUAUAUUUAGAAAACCUAAGGUAAUCCUGUGUUGGAUGUAGAGCCCAGCUGUUAGAUGGCAUUUGAGUUCAAUUAUUUAUCUAAUCAUUAAACUUUUACUCCCAGUUUAUGCUGAGCCUCUGUAAAUGAUGAAAUAUUAAUUUCUGUUGCACACAUUUUAAAGGCUUGCUAGCGAUCAAUCAGUAUUUAAUUAGUGUCAAAUAGACUGCAUGUGUUUGGAAUCAUGAUACUCAAGUCUAUCUGAAACAGCGUUACAGUUUAAUUUUAAAAAGUCCAGCAUUCCCGCCGGAAAACAACCGAGGGAAACUCUUUUCACAUUUUGUGACGGGAGAGGAGUUUCAGAGGGGCAAAUCGUCGAUCACUGCCAUCAUCUGGCGUGGAGAGAGGUCGAACUAAAACCUGCACACUGUUCAGAAAGAAGUUAUUAAGAUAAUGUAAAAGAUGAAGAGUGGUGGUGUGGAUGAGUUUAAAACUGCAUGAAAGUGAUUUUAGCACUUUUUUAAAAAUAUGUAUUUGUUAUUAGUAAUAUCAUUAUUAUUAACAUAAUUAUUACAACCAUUAUAAAUAAUGAUAAUAAUAAUAAUUAUGAUAAUAGUAAUUAUUAUUAUUAUUAGUAGUAGUUGUAGUAGUAGUAGCAUUAUAUACUAUUGUCAUUAUUUUAUUGUUUUAUAUUACUUAAUUUUAUUAUUAUUGCUAUUAUUAUUAUCAUUAUUGUUGUUAUUAUUUUUGUUAUUGAUAUUAUUGGUAUUGUUAUUAUUGUUAUUAUUUGUUUUUCUACCUGACUGCUGCGAAGGCGUGCCUAGGAAACACAUUAUUUACACACAUGACUGAAAAGCUGUAUUUUGCACUUUUGAGAUUUGGAACCAAGAACACCAACAACUCUCAAACUCUUGUGACUUCUCUUGGAUUGUGCUGUUUAGAUAUUUUUGCAUUUACAUGUAGUGAUAUUACAGUUUCUGUAAACCAAGUUAAGUUUCCUUUAAUUCUAAAUUCAGAGGUUUUUCUUCACAUGACUUCCAAUAUUAUUCCAAAAAUUGAGCGAUUGAAGGCACAGCUGUAUCUGUUGAUGUUAUUUCACUUUUGACAGUAGAGGUUGAAAACUACCUCAACUGGACAAAAACACAGACCCCUGCUUUCUCAGAUAACAGUGAUAAAGAAAUUGCUUCUUGUCUGUCAUUCACUUUGUAGUUAAUGUAUUUUAUUUGCUGCUGUAAACUAACAAAACCUGUGGCUGUGGAAAUGGCUGCAUUUAUAAUAUUUUAGUUUUUUUGUUUUUUAUUAUGGGUGUGUGCUCAGCUGUGCCUUCAAUGAAAUUUCCUUCCACAAAAUAAAAACAUGCUGUUGAGCUCCACCUGCUGGACAGCUUUGACAAUUGCAAGAUAGUUUGAUAGCAUUCAAAUCCUUUUUAAAAAGUUUAAAACAGUGAGAUAGUUCAGUGGAGCACCUUUGGAGAUUUCUUUUCUAGAUGUUCAAGCACUUCUUAAAAAAAAAAGUUGAACUCACUCUUCUUUGUCUCCUCAGUCCUCUCUUGAUGAUGCUACUGAUGACUGGGGGAUUAAGGUGGAGCGGGUGGAGAUCAAAGACGUCAAGCUGCCUCUUCAGCUCCAGAGAGCCAUGGCUGCUGAGGCUGAGGCCAGCCGUGAGGCCAGAGCCAAGGUAAGGGUGUACAGAUCCACUUAAAUCUUAGGACAAUGUCCGUAUCACAGCCUCAGCCUCCAUCAUCACCUCUCCUCUCCUCCUUCCUGUUGUCCUCUACAGGUGAUCGCAGCCGAGGGAGAGAUGAACGCUUCCCGAGCGCUGAAGGAGGCCUCUCUGGUGAUCGCCGAGUCCCCCUCCGCCCUGCAGCUGCGUUACCUUCAGACCCUCAACACCAUCGCUGCUGAGAAAAACUCCACCAUCAUCUUCCCCCUGCCUCUGGAGAUGAUGCAGGCCUUCGUGAAAUAGUGAGGGGCAUCUCAAAACAAUCACCUACACUGAUACACACACACACACACACACACGCACACACACAUUUCAUGUUUCUGUGUCUGUAGACGAAGUUUUAGAAAAGCUUUAUUGCAUUUUUACGCACACCAAAACUUUAAGUGUCAGCCUGCUUGUGUAUUUGUUUCAGGGAGCCUGAUCUGCGUUUUUAAGCUGUAAUAGAAGAUUAAGUGAGUGCGUGGUUACAUUGCACUAUCAACCUCAAAGCCAGACAGAUGCACACAGCUGAAUGGCGGCAGAGGUGGGAGGGUCAGCAUCCCUUUAACUGAAACUUGAGAGUAUCUUCUGGCCGCGGUGCAGAAGAUGUUACAGCGUUCAUCCUGCAGUUUAGUUCCGUGUUUGUCCGUGUGUGAAAGUAGAAAAAGAAACGAUCUCGUUGCCAGUAUUACAAGCUUUUCUGCAAAGUGCCUGCUGGGUUUGAAGCCUUACCCUGUACACACAAACACACACUUACACAAACAUACACUUAUUUGCACUCGUAUUUCUAGUGACCCACUACUACAACCACUGCCAAGUCGUCAUUAUUAUAAUCUUAUGCUGCAGUCUUUUAACAACUAAAGAUGUUGGGAGUGACCCAACACUUGCGGACUUGCUGAAUUUCCUCCUUUCCCAAAGUGUACAAUAACCAUCCCAGCUCUACCCUUGUAUGCUUUUUUUUGCUUUUUUUUAGUGGUUUAUGGAGAAAGUUCAUUCCAACACAAGGAACUGGUAUCAUAACCUCAAAAAUUCAAAUACAGAUUAGAACAGGACGUACAGUAUUUGUCAUACUGAACUUAAAGUUGGUGUGAGACUGAAGAGAUGACGAGGGAAACAUGCUGGUUUGAGGCGUUGAUAAUACGCAUGAAUAGACUCAACUGCUGAAAUGUUUGUGCUAUGAGAUCAUCUCAUGUAAAGCUGCAAUGAUGAUUUUUUACAAUCAUGCAGAUACAUACACACACACACACACUUUCCGUUAACACCACUAUGUCAGAACACAAAACUCGACUACAAGCUCGACAGUCAGGCUGAUAGGCAGGAUGUCACUUGUAGAUGUUUACAGUAUCCUCUCUAUUCAUAAACUAUGCUAUAUUUGGACGGGUGGACAAAUUACAAGGAUCACUGCAGAUUACCACAGAGCUGAACUCCUACUAAACAAUCCAAACACCAACAGGAUCAGCUGGUAGGGCGGCGCUGUGUGUAUUCUGGAGUUGUUCCUGUUAUUCUGUCCCUCGUUCGCCUUCACUGCUGAAAAACAGGGACUGUUGGAAUGAAAUGUUUUCACUGCAAGAAACUCAAAUCUUAGUGUUUUCUCAUAUCUGGUAAGAAGUCUUAUUAGGCUUCAUUUAAGCUGCGUUUGCUUGAAAAUUCCUUGUUUUAAGUUUCUUAUUUCAAGGAAGUGAUCAUUUUUCCUCUUACAUCGGCAAAUUUAUUCUUACCCAUCACCAGGGUCUUAUUUUUGGGACAUAAUAGCUUAAAAGAAGCGAUUUUUCUAGACUUGUCAGGUUUAACUUCAGCCCAGACCUUCAUUUACUGGACGUAUGACAAAAACAUGGUAAGAUUUGAGUUUUUGCAGUGUUGCAAACCUUUAGCCAAAAGCCUUAACCUACUGCCAUAGAGUCAUUUAAUCACUUACUAACACCUGUCUAUGCACUCUGAAAUGAACUUAAUGAAGAAUCUUUUUUUUUCAAGACAGAAUUUUAUCACAUGUAAGCAAACAAACCAAAUAUUUCAACCUCUUUCUAUCCAUCUUAUAAUGGACAUAAUGUUUUGUUAGUCCUUCUUGUAUCAGACAGGAGUGUUAACCAAUGUAUGUUACACUGUCCAUUGUUUGUUGAAGUACUACUCUCAAAUGUGUGUUUUGAGCCCAUUUAUACAAUAUAUCUAGAUAGAUACAGGAUGUAUAACUGUAGUCAUGUAAGGGUAAAUCAUAUUUACUGUAGUUUGAUUCUGUUUUUCCUUUAUUUGAUCUGUGAUUCUGCAGAUGCUGCAUUAGUUACGUCAGUUUAUGUUCUUGUUUUUGUUGUUGAACCAUGAAGUCCUGCUUGGGAGCUGCAUCUGUUUGGUCAAAAAUGGGCUUCAAGUCCAGUGUGACCUUUUCCAGAGUCUGUUACAGGAUUUGACCAAUCUGUUACCGGGUCACCUUUUGUUUCUGGAAGCUGCAUCUUGUCCAUUCUCUUAAAAACAAGAACUGCGCCCUGGGUGUUGUACCCCGUGGACUGAAUAUAGAACGGAUGUCGUUGGCCUCUGCGAGAACAGCACCCCCUUGUGACUGGUUGCAGGUCAUAAACUCCGCCUCCUAAGAUAAAACUUAGUUUAGGGAAAUUGCUUCUGGCUUCGUCGAGCAGUGACCUUCAGCUCUUGCUGGGGCGGUUCGCGGCCGAAUGUGAAGCAGCUUGGAUGCAAAUCAGCACCUCCAAGUCCGAGGCCAUGGUCCUCAGUCGGAAAAAGGUAGAUUGCCUUCUCCAGGUCGGAGGGGUGGUCCUGCCUCAAAUGGAGGAGUUCAAGUAUCUCGGGAUGUUGUUCAUGAGUGAGGAUAGGAUGGAACAGGAGAUUGACAGGUGGAUCGGAGUGGCGUCAGCAGUGAUGCAGACGCUUAACCGAUCAGUCGUAGUGAAGAAAGAGCUGAGCCGUAAGGCGAGACUCUAGAUUUACCGGUCGAUCUACGUGCCGAUCCUCACCUAUGGUCAUGAACUUUGGGUAAUGACCGAAAGAACAAGAUCACGGAUACAAGCGGCCGAAAUGGGUUUCCUUCGCAGGGUGUCCGGGCUCAGCCUUAGAGAUAGGGUAAGGAGCUCGGACACUCGGGAGGCGCUCAGAGUAGAACCGCUGCUCCUCCACGUCGAGAGGAGUCAGCUGAGGUGGCUUGGGCGUCUGGUUAGGAUGCCUUCUGCACGCCCCCCGUUAGAGGUGUUCCAGACAUGUCCCACCGGGAGGAGACCUUGUGGCCACCCUAGGACCAGGUGGAGGGAUUAUAUUUCUCGCCUAGCCUGGAAGCGCCUGGGAAUCCCCCCGGAGGAGCUGGUGGAAGUGGUUGGGGUGAGGGCCGUCUGGGCUUCCCUCCUGAAGCUGCUGCCCCGGACCCGGAUGAAGUGGAAGAAAACAACGACAAAGACAAUUGUCUGUAGUCUCAGGUCUCGAAUUAUAAAUUGGCUUUCGAGUUAUGAAUGAGAAGAAUGAAACAGUCUGAUGGCUGUGGGUACAGAAGAUCUUCUAAAUCCUUCUCUCCUGCAGCGAAGUGAGAGGAGCCGUCCACCAUCAUUUGCUCUUUGGUCCAUCAAGGUGUUGUGAAGUGGAUGAUCCAUGUUCUUUAGAAUUGGUUAUUAGGGGCUAUAAAAACAUAUUUUCUAUGAUUGACAAUUAGAUACAGAAGGUAUCUGAAGGUUUCAGAAAAUGGAGAAAAAUCCGGCAAACACCAGGAACUUUUUGGCUUCAAAUUCGUACAAUGACAGGAGGCGGAGUCACGUUGUCCAUCCUAUAUACAGUCUCUGGUUGUACUUCUUUGGCUACAAUGACGCAGGCAGUUCAUUUAAUCCAAUAAUUACCUAAAUCCUGCUGCAGAACAUGUUACAUGCUUUUUAUGUUCUUUUUAAUUGUAUUCUGAGUUUGUUAAAUUAGUUUAAUAUUUUUGGUUUAUGAAUAUUUUUUGUAUAUUUUCAAUAUGCAUUUAUUUUAAAGUAACACCCAGAGAAUACAAAUAAAGGCUGUCAAAGGUA